AUGUCAAUCGAACCAUGGCGGAAACGAGGGUUUGUCCCAGAUUCGGACGAAGACGACGACUUCGACUCCCUGAAUACGAAUAAAGAAAAUGUCGACACGACUGGCGAUGACCCCGAUCUCGAAUAUAUCCCAAUUUCGCCGUCAAAUGUGAAACCCUCAGCCGAGGACUCCGAAGAUCCCACCGAGGCGCAGCAACGAGAAAACGCGGAAGGCGGAUUGACAACACCUUCGGAGAACAAAAGGAUACAGGAAGAUGUCGAAGUGGAUAGUGCAGGAGAGAAAUUGGCUGCGACUCACGUGGUUGAGGAGUUGAAAUUAAUCGAUACUGUUCCGGAAUCCGGAGUAACUUCCAGCGAAGCAAAGGGUUCGCCAGGAACACCUGCUCUUGGGAAAUGGACUCCGAGACCUCGACGUUCGACCAGGAAAUAUGGAAGAAGCUCCUCGGCCAAGAAAACGGAUGAUCUCGCACAAGGUCCACCGAGAUCCCCAUUGGCACAAAAUAUAUGGGACAUUUCAAGUUCACCGGCACGACAGGCCAGAUCCUCACAAAGGCCACAAAACAAUGCCUCCACGCCGAAACAUACACCCUCAGUCACAAAUCGGAAAUAUAGAGUACCAUCACGAGAUUCUUCGCCUGAUGAGUUAAUGGUACUCGUGCCAUCACCCCGGAGGCCGUUGGAAAGUACUGCCAAUGAUGAUAGUACAGUCCAGCCUCCACCAAACGAAGCAAGCUCUGACGAUGGGUCUUCACUCUCUCCAGCUCUGUCAAACUUGCCCUCGCCUUCUCCAGAGCUUUCUCCGGAGCCUCUGGAGCACGGAAAACAUGAAACCCCGAGAAAAAAUGCUGGAUCAAAAACGUCGGAAGAUUUGCCUGCUCGUGUUUUACUGGAUCUCGAAGCCCCCGAGGAGUUUCUCACGCAAUCCUCCCAACAAGAACCACCCCAGGAGGAAAUUCCACCACAAGAAAUGGAGCUACGAGAUGCUUCUCAACAUGAAGUUCAAAAAAUCCCUCAGCAGCAACCUGUUCAACGACCCAUGAGGUCUCUUCGCACCCAUAGACCCGAGCAGAUGAAUCCUUACACUUAUGAAUCUGCCAAAUACACUAGGCUCAUGCGCGCUGCGGGUAUUCGACCAGUUCGGGUGCCUACUGAAGGCCCAAGACACCGUCCAGCUGAAACCACCGAUGAAAGCCAGGAGCAGGAUGUCUUUGACCCUCACGCAAUUCGUUCAAGUCCUCCUGCAGAAGAAUAUCUGCCACCAUCAAGACCCGAACGAAGGAAUGAAAGAGGAACGAUUAGGCGCGAAGCGCAAGACAUUGACCACCAAACUUCUACAAUUCGACGAAAGCAAUCGACGAAACGGAGAAAAAAGGCUCGCUCUGGAGCUUGGCAUGAUGGGACAUACCUUGUCAGCAACAUGGAUCGACCUCAAGUUAUCACAAAUCCCACACAUCCUGCCAGCGUCUUCGACUUAUCCGUGUUUGAUUUUCCGUCUAGCCCUCCACCUUCAGGAAGUGUAUCAUCAGUAUCGAAAACUCCACGUGCUUUCGAGGGCUUUCAACCGCCUCCUGGCCUCACUCCACCACCUACUACAGGCACAGCUGUUGAUUCCAAAAUCGUAACACCAGGUGCCGACGAGAUCAUUCAUGAUGAAGACCCGGGCUCGGCUGCUGGAUCAGAUGAGGAGACAAGCUCUAACUCAUCUAGUAAUGAGCUAGAGACUGCCGAGGAGCGCGAGAUUCGAAGGAUUCAAAGACAGACUCGAGGUGUUCUGCCCGCAUCUUGGGUUAGAAUUGAAGCACAACAGCGGUUGCAACAGCAGAAAGCAUCCCAAUCAAACCGUCAUGCUCAUCCUCAGCGACCAGAUGCCAAAGGUGUUGCCAGAAAAAUUGUACGAAAGGGUGGCCAGCCCGGAAGGUCAAGCCUGAUGGACUUCGGAGACGAUGAUGACAGUGAUGGCGGCAGCCAAAGUACGGGGACUCCUCAACCUGAGAAAGAAGCCAUCGAAGGAACGAGAAGCAACGAAGAAACAGUGACCAGGAUACCGGAGUUUGACUCUGCAUUUGAUGAUGACCAAGACGCAGACAUCUUUGAGGACAACCGCAUCGACCGCAUGUUUGCGCCGGCAUCUCGCACUGCGGGAUCUCGUGAGAAAGGAAAAGGCCUAAAGCGCCCGCAUUCCAAAGAAAGUGUGAAUGCCAAGGAGAGAAAGCUGAAGAAGGCUCGCCUGCAACGACAAACGAGAAUCACAGACGCUGGUUACGGUAGUCGCCGAGCAAAGCAGUCUUCAAAACACGCAACACCGCGGCUGGGAAUCUUAGAUGCCCCUGAUGUUGCUACACGAUCUCGCAAAGAACAACCCCAGUUUUUAAGAGUUGCAGCAAGGAGAGCGCGCUCGCGUCGAGAUGGAGGAAGACGGAGCCCGACUCGGAAGUUCCUGCAGCUAGCCUCAAAAUCGGACACAGUCGAUGCGAAUAAGUCUUUACAGCAAUGGAGGCGAGGGGCGAUUCCGCAAAGCAACACUCGUCGUUCCCAACCUCAACAUCAAUCUCGCAAGCCUCAUUCCAUCGCAGGUCUAUCAAGCACUCGCAAACGUAGUGCACUGUCGUAUCAUCCUCGAAUCACGAGCCAGUUCCCCAUCGCAGAGCCAGAUGAUGGUUUUAGUCUCAAUGGCUAUCCUGUCCAGGAUCAAUCCCCGGGCGAAGGCGCUCCUGCUCGUGCGGAGGCGUCUGCUAGAAGUAUAGAGACACCACGAUCGACUCAAGCCAAGAAACAAGGCCAUCAAUGGAUAGUUCAAAGGAAUGCUGCGAUAUCAUCUUUACAGCGAAACAAUGUCCGCCCUGCCUUGGGAAGUUUGACGGAGUCCAGCGCAAGUCAGCCAGCAUCUCGGGCAAUGUUCCGGCAGAAACUCACUCUCCUUAACCGAGAUUAUCGACACAAACAAUCAUCUCGAACCUUCAAGCCCAGUCUGACACUCGAUCGAUUCCUUUCAGAUACUGGACCAGCAGGACCGUCGACCAAAUCUCAUCCACAAGACACUGUCACUACCUCGGUGACGACAGAUCCAAAAACCACGCUAGAUCCUCAACUACAGCCAGCAAAGCAACAUCAGUCUCGUCCUCGUCUGAGAAAGAAAACUCCAAAUCGCAUCGAUCUGAAUCUGGAUGAUUUUGUACAGGAUCAAGAACCAGUGAUACCAAUAUCUGAUGAGUCGGAUGUUCCCACCUCGGCUAAUCACGGUCCUUCCCGCCCUUCAACUUUCACCGUUGGCGGACUGUUCAAUUGGCAGCGUUCCUACUCGAUAGACUUCGGAAUAUCACAUUUGGGCGACGGUACUUACUUCCAUGAAUCAACAUUCAUAGGAAGCGGAGAAUUUUUGCGUUCACUACACGUUCUGAAGCGGGACUUCGAUCAGGAUGUUGGGUUGUUUUCGAUGCCUUUCAAGGACCACACCCUGCAAUGGGGGCCUUGGAAUGACAAAGUAUCGUCAGAAAUGGGCGCUGUCUUUGACAUGAUUAUUGAUGUCGUCGAAUCAAGCUCUCUAUCAGCGUCCGAAAUAGGCCCCGUAUCGCCGCUGACGCCCGCGUCACUCGCAUACAGGUCGUUGAUAUCUUAUGUUACUGAGAAGCUGUCAUUCAUGGACCCUGUCGAUCGGACAGGCUUUCUUGGUCGAGCGAUGGCGCUUGUCUACAAGCUCAGAGAUCCCUUGGCUGCCUCUAUUGCAAACAACAAAAACGACACCAAGAAGGACCUGUCCAGGCUCGCAAGUUACAACAUGGUAUUUUGCAAUCAAAUACGCCAGCUAGCGACCCACGACCUCGUCAAUCCUUCGCUCGGGAAUGAGGCGCUGUAUCUAGCUAAACUUUCUGCCAAGGACGCCAUCGACUUGGUCUUAAGCAAAGCAGGCAGAACUCAAAUCCAAGGCCUCCUAGAUGGCAAUAAAUCCCUGGCACAGCGUGAAGUGGGUAUUCGGGAGGAUUUUCCCUCAGCAGAAGCCUACGUUGUGACCGAGCAGCUUUUGCGCAGUUCAGAGGCAUUUGAUGAAAUCUUCAGCGAGCUCAAAACCGAAACUUGCACAAAGACAAUCGUCCACAAUCAAAAAGACGUCAGAAGUCUCGAGACAGGGUGGCAUGGCUUGUUUAUGCUUCUUCCUUUUGACGAAAUGGACGAUCAUGGUAUUGCUCGUCUAAACUCACGCUUGAAGGCAGGGCAUGAUAAUUGGAAUCUUGUCAAAAAGCUACUCUCGCCAGCACUUGACAGUUACGGCAUCAACUCUGCAACCCAACCAAUCUCGUACAAUGCCUACUGCCGCACGCUUUUUCAAAGGUGCCACCGUCUGAUCAACUAUUGGGGUUGGAGAGACUGCAAGCCUAUACUCGAUACUUUGUAUGAUUUCUUCGCUCAGAAGACACUCUACAACCUGAAACUCGAGGAAAGCAGUGGAUCGCCUUCCUUUCUGGAUGAGCUUGACCAAAACCCCUCGCUAGAGAUUCGAUCCGGGGAGCCUUCCUUUCACACAUUGCUGAAAAUAAUCGCGAGUGGACUGCGCUUUCUUUCCCAGCGCUACGACAAUAAGAAGAUUCGAAACUUCGCCUGGCGUCUUCUUCCGAAUCACGGCCGAAUGUAUCCGAAGGACGAGCCUUUGCGCCACGAAGACCUCGAUGCACUGAGGAACCAUCAUGAUCUUCUUUGUACCUUGUACUGGGUUGUUCCUAACGGCUACCGACCUCGGCUAGAGACCAUCAAAGAUCUCGUCAACCCAGCAACCUCCCAUCGUGAAACAUGCAGCAUCAACCUCCGGUCGUGGACGAGACUUGUCCGAUUUAAGUUGUCCACGAACGAGGAGGUGUCGGGUUUAGAGCCAUUCGCCGACUGGCAUAGCGACUUCGUGAACGAGCUUCGGAAACAGCACCAGCUUGCUCGUAAUGAAAUUGAAGCUCAGCGCAAAGACGGAGAAUGGUAUUCAGAGCAGCUCAUUGAGAGCACAGUUUCUCAAAACCAGCGACAGAUCGAGAGUUUAUUGAGCAUGGCACUUCGUGGUUUGCUUACUGCUGUGGAGCAGGCGCCUUCAUUGGAACACGCACACCGGCUGAUCUCGAAAACUCCUUUCGAGGCCCUGCUCUCGUUGUUCAACCCAAAAGUCUCCCGUGUGAAUGUUGUCGUGUCCGAGGCCUUACAGAUUAUUGUGGCCUACACUCGGAAAGACACUGCUCUCUCUUCUGCUACGGAGUCAUCUGCUCCUGUAGUCGCGCAACCUCCGGAGGACGACAGCCAAGAGUAUGGAGACUGGGAUGAUAUUGAUGCUGUUAUCGUUCAACAAACCAUCCUCAGUCAAGGUGUCGAGCAUGUGCAGUAUGUACUCCAUCCCAUCAUCUCUCGUUUCCUCUCCAAUUGCUUUGGAGAGGAUCACUGCCCUGACGAUGCCAUUCUCUCGAGUGCCGUGGACUGCUGGGCAUCGGUUGCACAGGUGCUAGUCUGCCAUGGCCUUAAGCGCUGGGACAACUACCUUGAUCCUUUCGGCGAUGAAUCCUGGGCAAGGCUUCGAGAGACGGUUCAAACCCGAAAGUUCUCGCCCCAGUUUCUGGCCGUCUGCAUCGAAAGGGACGCUCAAAUCCUUUAUGAUUGUCGAAUGCUCAUCAUGGGAAUGUGGAUGUCAUCUUUGGUGGAGCGUUCUUCGAUGCUGAAAUUCCAGCACCGCCUGACGGAAGCCCUGCUCAAUGGUAACCCAAAGGAUCCCUUGCUUCAAAAUCUUCCAUUCUCGAAGGACAAGAAGCUUGGCCGAUACAAUCUCACGGUCGAGGAGCUUAACCAGCGGCGCAUUUCGCUCAUCUCGAGUAUUCUGUCGAAUAUGCGUGAGCAUGUUCUCUGCUUGGAAACAUCAAGUAGUCGGGACUUUUCUGUUACGAAGCGGGGUUACUCAGAGUCUCUUGAGCAACUGAUGACUGCGAUGAAGAAGAAUUAUCGAGAGCUUGGUAAUGGAGCUGUGGAGUCUGCCCGUGGUGCCUAUGUCGACUUCGUCCAUCGAAUCAUCCAAUUCUUGCAAGAACUUACGAGCGACAUUAGGCCAGUGGAUUCCUUCUUUACAGACUCGGCGUUGUUCCCUUUACCAUCUUCGGACCCUCGCUACAUUGUGGCAAAACUCAAGCGCUACGAGCCCAAACUUUCGUCCAAAAGGGAGCUACAGACGUUGAUUGUCUUCGUCCAAAGCAUCACCGAAAGAGCGAUUCUUGAGAGUCAACAGUCACACUUGGUCGAACAACUGCACACGGCCAUGACGAACACUUACGAGGCUGGCAACCUCGACAAACCUACCCUUCGCACUGCUCUUCUUCGGUGCGUGUUCCCUGGGUAUCUCGAACUUGCAUUCAGUAGUCCCGCCGCCAGCCUGAUAAGUCGACCUGUUGUCCAGGGCAUUUCUCUUGUGUUAAAGGACUUGCUCUACAGUCUAGACACUACAGAUCAUGACUGUGUGUCCUCUAUCAUGGGUAUCUUCGAUGCAACUUUCCAGUCUUCAUACCGUGCAUUGCAACCACUUUCCAACCGACCAGCCAAACUACUAAAUUCCACGACUCUAGCAAUGCUGGUCGCUUUCAUUGAGAUGGUGUCCUCCUCGCUUGUGGUGGUGGAUUACAUUGACCGCAUCACCGAUUGUGCAGAGCAGAUUGUCUCUUACAUCAGAUGGUUCCGAGACUUUGCUAUUGCCGUGGAUUCUCUUCUCUUCGACUGUAGCUCAACGACGGUGCCAUUUGCAAUCCCCGCUUUAGACCCUACCACGCAGCAGUCCUCGGGUACAUCGUCUCAACUGCCGGCGGAUCUUGUCGCGACACGAAACAUCGCCUUUGAGGAACACCAAUCGUGUCUCAAGAAUUGGUCUUCCCAUGGUGGUAGAUUCUAUUACACUCGCCCCGGUCACGAGUCCAAGGAAGUGAUUGUUGAACCAGACUUCAAGUUCCUGAUGGAGAAUGAAACAGAAGCAAAGCGGGCCUUCAAUGAGGUCGCAGAAAAGUUUGCAGAUCAGGUCAGGCAACUGGGUUUCUUUCCAAAUGAGUCAGAGUGA